AGUUACCUGGGAGCCAUCACUGAUUGACUAAACUGCAAGUCUGUCAAAAGAACUGAAAUAAAGGGGCAGUCAGCAGAGGCUUAGAUACAAGAUAAUCACAGAGGAUCCAUGCCUGAGAAGAAUGGUGACAGUAUCAGCCAAAAUGUUACAGUUCCUCCCCCACCUAUGCCACCACCCCCACCAUGUCUCUCUACCCUCCUGCCACCCCAAGUUAAAAGCAAAUUCUUUAAGAAAGUGGCUGAAAACAGCGACCCCUCAGUUGGCGGAUGUGAAGAGUUGAAGAGGAUGAUCAAGAAACAAAAAGAUAGAUUCCAUGAAGAUCUAAAAUGGUUGCUUUAUAACCAGAGUGUCCCAUCCCUUAUACAGGAAGGACCUCAGUGUGGUCUGGUUGCUUUGUGGAUGGCGGGUGCGCUGCUUUCUGUGGGUCAUGAUGUUUCUUUGGAAACCAUUGUAGAUGUGGCCGUUGCACACGGAUUCACAGCACAGGGAGAGAUGUUUUCAGCUGUCAACAUGGCCAGAUUGGCAGAGGAAGUAUUUGGCUGCUGCUCAGAGGUCCUCACUGGAGGUAUGGACACCGAGAACAAAAACAGGAUCCUGCAACACCUGACCGCUGGAAAACCCAUACUCAUCCCAUAUGACGAGGACUUUAAUCACGAGCCCUGCCAGAGAGAGGGAUACCGUGCUCACUGGGCUGUAGUAACUGGAGUCUUGUUCGGGACGUCAGAUGGAACUUUCCAGCCAGACCCAGAAGUUCCUGGACUUUAUCAUCCACUGCCUGAAAGUUCUAUUCCUAAAGAUCCCCAUAUGAAAGAAGUCUACCUAGUAGCCAAGCAGGGGAAGAGCUUGAGAUACCAGCUGUGGGACUAUUUGUCCGUUAGCAGGAGUAACCACCAGCUAAUUCAAUUUGACCCUAAGCGUGCCAGUGACGGAACUUCAUAUGUACUACCCAAGGGUGGUGUAAAAUCUGGGCUCUGCGGCCAAACUGUGCUCCUGCAUCCGAGGGUAGCUUAGAACCAAAGAUACAACCAUAGUGUUUUAAAAAUGGUUGUCAUUGGUGUAUCCUACUAAAACAUCACCAUUUACAAUGUGGCAUUUUAAAUACUCUGCCAGGUGUGUAAUACUAUGAAAAAGACUGCUCAAUAUUCUUAGACACAUUUAAAUAGUAAAUAGUCACUAGACAACCAAAAAGAAUAAGAGGCCCAUUUAUCAAACUCCGUAUGGAGCUUGUGGGCCCGUGUUUCUAGCGAGUCUUCAGACUCUCCAGAAACAGCAGUUAUGACCCUGUCCACCUGCUCUGAGCAGGUGGACAGGAAUCGCCACAAUUCAACCCGAUCGAGUACGAUCGAGUUGAUUGACACCUCGGCUGCGAGUCGGCAGGGGGUGGCGUUGAACCAGCAGCUCCUGUGAGCUACUGGUGCAAUGCUGAAUACGGAGAGCGUAUUGCUCUCCACAUUCAGCAAGGUCUUGCGGACCUGACCCGCACCUUGAUACAUAGCCCUUUAUAUGUUUUUUAUACUGACUUACAUCUUGUGAUGCAUAUGCAGCUUUCUUGAAACAAUGUCAGUAUUGCAUUUUAAAGGACCCAGGAAGUUAUAAGAUUAAUAUUUUACUAUUGGGAGAACUAGGUCAAUAAAAACAGAAAACAAUA